UAGCAAUGGACUGAAUUGUCACAUUUAUAAAUUAGGCUAAAAUGAACUUAUCAAGUUUUAAUAGACUUCCAAAUUUUAAGAGAAAAAUCGGUUCAAAAUCAUGUCCCCGAGACAAAACUAAACGACUCGGAAGAGUAGUCAGGCUGAUUUACCUAAACGGUAGAAUAUCGAAAUGCGACGAUAGCGUUCUAAGCGACAAACUAACGCAAACAGUCACCAACAGUCACCUAUACGUACAAAAACCAUCCAACGCAAAUCAAGAAACCACCAACAAGAGAGACCUAAAAUGCCCAAAGGACCCAGGACUUCAACAAGGCUUCUCCAUAUCCAUGAUAUCCAACGACUACGAGGCCGUCACAUCUAAUUUCACCACGAUAACGGACGCGUACUGCCAGAACGCGUGCGAGAUCGUCGACAAUCAGGAAGAGCUCCCCAUUUCCAAGUACAUUUGCAUACCGGCGUCGAGCAUCGGCCACUUCUCCGCGAAUAUGCUGCCCCUGAAGCUGGACGUCGCCAGCCAGUACGACACCGAGUCGGUCGAAGAAAGCAAGGAGACCAAAACGCGAUUGUUGAACGAGGAGUAUAACAAGCGGAUCGGAGAACUCAACGCGUUGCCGUUCAAAUGCGAUUCGCUCAAAUUCCAGAGAAGGAAAUCCAUCAUCGAGGACGAUUUGAGGAAGAUCGAUGUGCAAUUGAAGAUGCUGUAACGUACUCACUUCAUGCUUUUUUCGUGUUUAGAUUGUCCGUGUUUUAGAAGUGUCGGGUCACAUUAUCAAAGGGUAAUUUUAAUGAAAUGGAUGUGUUCGAUUGUG